AUGAAAUUGGUAUUGGGUCUCACUUUUUUGGAGCUGGCUCUAGUAGCCCAAUGUGCGCCUUUAAAUGAGCAAGAUAGUUCUGCGAAUGGCUCAAUUAGUACGGUAGGUUUGGUGACUACAGCAGCCGAACAACAGGCCUCUGCUUCAGAUAUCGCUUCUUCACAAACACCAGCCACGGUAUAUUCGUUUCUUGGCGAAUCUGGCGAUGCUUCUUCAGCCAUCCUGCAAAUGCCGACUUCAAGCUCGGAGAUGCUGGCAUCCGCAACUUCAGACUCCAUGGACGAAUCUUCUGCCGUAUCACAAUUUCUGAACGGUAGCGGCGAUUUAAAUUCUAAGCAGACUGCCACUGGUAGGGCAUCUAGCGUCACAUCUAUAAAGAGCUCCGGAGUGAGCUCGGCAUCCAACUCUUCUUCUCGGGCAAGCUCACAUGCUAAUUCGAGCUCUGGUAACUCUACCGGCUCAUCGUCAUCUACCAAUAGUGUCACGACCUCCGGCGGUGCUAAUAAGAUGGGCCUUCCACUUGUCGCCGGUGGGUUAGUAGCAGGCAUUGUAGCAUUACUAUAG